AUGGUCCGUCCGCGCCGUGCCCCACACCGCUCCGGCGCUGGGGGCCCCCUCGGGGGUCGCGGCCGCCCCCUGCGGCACCUCACGGUGCGCGCCGCCCGCUCGCGCUCCUGGCCGGCCAGCCCCCGGGGCCCGCAGCCACCGCGGAUCCGGGCUCGCUCAGCCCCUCCCAUGCAAGGUGCUCGGGUCUUCGGGGCCCUGGGUCCCAUCGGGCCUUCCUCGCCCGGGCUCGCCCUCGGGGGCCUGGCUGUGGGUGAGCACCGGCUCAGCAACAAGCUGCUGGCCUGGAGCGGCGUCCUCGAGUGGCAGGAGAAGCGCAGGCCCUACUCGGACUCCACGGCGAAGCUGAAGCGGGCCCUCCCCUGCCAGGCCUACGUGAACCAGGGCGAGAACCUGGAGACCGACCAGUGGCCGCAGAAGCUGAUCAUGCAGCUGAUCCCGCAGCAGCUGCUGACCACCCUGGGCCCCCUGUUCCGCAACUCCCAGCUGGCGCAGUUCCACUUCACCAACAGAGACUGCGACUCUCUCAAGGGGCUCUGCCGCGUCAUGGGCAAUGGCUUUGCAGGUUGCAUGCUCUUCCCGCACAUCUCCCCCUGCGAGGUGCGCGUGCUCAUGCUCCUGUACUCGUCCAAGAAGAAGAUCUUCAUGGGCCUCAUCCCCUACGACCAGAGCGGCUUUGUCAACGCCAUCCGGCAGGUCAUCACCACCCGCAAACAGGCAGUGGGACCUGGUGGUGUCGCGGGCCCUGUCCAGAUGGUCAACAACAAGUUCCUGGCAUGGAGUGGAGUCAUGGAGUGGCAGGAGCCCAGGCCUGAGCCUAACAGUCGGUCUAAGAGGUGGCUGCCGUCGCACAUCUACGUGAACCAAGGGGAGAUCCUGAGGACCGAGCAGUGGCCGCGGAAGCUGUACAUGCAGCUCAUCCCGCAGCAGCUGCUGACCACCCUGGUGCCGCUCUUCCGGAACUCCCGCCUGGUGCAGUUCCACUUCACCAAGGACCUGGAGACACUGAAGAGCCUGUGCCGGAUCAUGGACAACGGCUUUGCCGGCUGCGUGCACUUUUCCUACAAGGCCUCCUGCGAGGUGCGCGUGCUCAUGCUCCUGUACUCCUCUGAGAAGAAGAUCUUCAUCGGCCUCAUUCCCCACGACCAGAGCAACUUUGUCAACGGCAUCCGGCGCGUCAUCGCCAAUCAGCAGCAGGUCCUGCAGCGGAACCUGGAGCAGGAGCAGCAGCAGCGCGGGCUGGCGGCUGCGUGCAGCGAACUGCACUCGGGCCCUGCCAGCCAGGAUGCCCUGGUGCCCAUGUGGAGCGCCAGCAGCCGCAGGCUGGAGAAGCCGAAACCCCCGUCCGCGAGAGGCAGUUGUCCCCAAGGUGGGCUGAGGGUUUAG